AUGCCCUCCCGCAGCUCCAGUCGCCCCUCCAAUCCGCACAUCGACAAGCUCGACUUCGACUCCCACCGACGCCCACCAACCUCCCAUGACUCCCUCCAAUCCUCCCGCCCCGCAGGCCUUCUUCUCCGCGACGACGAAUCCUUCUUUAGCAAUAUCGUCGACGGCGUCAUCGAGCGCGACCGCAAAAAAAUGAGACGCCACGUGCUCAAAUACGCAAGCUUUGCCAGCGCAAUCCUCAGCUGUUUAUGCGCGGGGAGCAUCACCGCGUAUUCAUUGUACGGACCGUUGUUCCUGAAGCAUUUGAGAUAUAGCCAAUUCCAGGUCAACGCAGUGAGCACGACCGCGGAGUUGGCGAUGUAUCUGCCCGUGCCACUGUUUGGGUAUCUCUGCGACCGGUAUAAUCCAAGACCGCUGUCCCUUGUCGCGGGACUGUUCUUUGGGGUUGGAUACCUGCUCGCGGCAUUGACAUAUCGUGCUGGGCCGCCGCGAAGUGAGGGAGGAUGGCCGUUUACGAUUAUGGUCCUCGCCUUUGUGGGAGUGGGAAUGGGUACGAGCUGCAUGUAUCUGAGCGCGGUGACGACUUGCGCGAAGAAUUUUGGCAGGGGAAAACAUAAGGGGUUGGCGCUGGCGAUGCCGAUUGCAGCGUUUGGGCUGAGCGGGAUGUGGCAGAGUCAGGUUGGGAGUCAUUUCUUCGCUCAGAAAGAGGACGAGAGGAAUGGGGAUGUGGACGUAUUCCGAUACUUUCUGUUCCUGGCAGGGCUACUGUUUGCCGUGGGCAUGGUAGGGGCGGUGGGCUUAAGGGUUGUGGGGGAGGAAGAGAUGAUCGAUGAUGCUGUGGACGAAAUGGAAAGGGAUGGGUUGUUGGAAGACAGCACGUAUCUCCAGCGUUCGCUACUCCACGAUGGCGAGAACGGCAGUGGCUACGGCACCCUUUCGCCACAUCACCAUGACGCAGAAGCGUCCUCUCCGGCCACAAAAGCUCACAACUCAGAAACCGCUCUCAAAAAGACCAUGGUCUUGAAUACCGAAACCCGCAUCUUCCUCACGGAUCCCACAAUGUGGCUCCUCGCCGCCGGCUUCUUCCUCACCACGGGCCCUGGUGAAGCCUUCAUCAACAACCUCGGCACUAUAAUCCACACUCUAUACCCGCCCUCGGCCUCCAUACCCCCAUCCAACUCGCCCGCAACACACGUAUCCAUCGUCGCCCUCACAUCAACCCUCGCGAGGCUGCUCACGGGCACAUUAAGCGACCUCCUCGCCCCCACCUCCUCCCACUCCGACGCCCAAGCAAAAAAGACCUUCACAAUCUCGCGAAUGUCGUUUCUCCUCACCAGCACCCUCCUCUUCUCCCUCGGCCAACUCAUCCUCGCUACCACGGCCAUCCAAUCGCACCCACCACUCUUCCCCCUCGUCUCCGCCCUCGUCGGCCUCGGCUACGGCGCCAUCUUCUCCCUUUCCCCAAUCAUCGUCUCCGUCGUAUGGGGCGUGCAAAACUUCGGCACGAACUGGGGGAUCGUGGCCGUGGUGCCGGCGGCCGGGGCCGCGAUCUGGGGCGCUGUUUAUUCCGGGGUGUACCAAGCCGGCGUGGAGAGGUCGCAGAUCAUGGGCGAGGAGGAGCAGAUGUGCUAUGGGGCUCGGUGCUAUCGGAGUACGUUUUGGGCGAUGGCGGUUGCGAGCUGGGUGGCCGUGGGGUUGUGGGCGUGGGCGUGGAGGAGGUGGCGCGCGAGGGAUAUUGCUGUCUGA